CUGAGUGGUUUCAGGUCACAGAAGAACCACACGCCCCAGAAGCUCUCGCGCCACUCUUCCCUCCUGCAGUCCGGUGCUGUUUUUGUUGUUGGUGAAAGGUGAGGGGAACAGCUGAUCCGUCUGUGGGGAGAACAGGCAUCUUGAGGGCAGGAUGGAAGAGUCAUCACUAAGCCGGGUACCAUCCCGGAGUGGAGUCAACUUCCUGAAUGUAGCCCGGACCUAUAUCCCCAACACCAAGGUGGAAUGUCACUACACUCUGCCUCCAGGCACCAUGCCCAGUGCCAGUGAUUGGAUUGGCAUUUUCAAGGUGGAAGCUGCCUGUGUUCGGGAUUAUCACACAUUUGUAUGGUCUGCAGUGCCAGAAAGUACAACUGAUGGUUCCCCCACCCAUGCCAGUGUCCAAUUCCAAGCCAGCUACCUGCCCAAACCAGGAGCCCAACUCUACCAAUUCCGGUAUGUGAACCGCCAGGGCCGGGUGUGUGGGCAGAGCCCCCCAUUCCAGUUCCGAGAGCCAAGGCCCAUGGAUGAGCUGGUGACCCUGGAGGAGGCUGAUGGAGGCUCUGACAUCCUGUUGGUUGUCCCCAAAGCCACUGUGCUUCAGAACCAGCUGGAUGAGAGCCAGCAAGAACGGAAUGACCUGAUGCAGCUGAAGCUGCAGUUGGAGGAUCAGGUAGCAGAGCUGAGGAGCCGAGUGCAGGAGCUGGAGACCACUCUAUCCACAGCCAAGCGGGAGCAUUUGGAGCUCACAGAGCAAUACAAGGGGAUCUCUCGGUCCCAUGGGGAACUCACAGAAGAGAGGGACAUCCUGAGCCAGCAGCAGGGAGAACAUGUGGCCCGUAUCCUGGAGUUAGAGGAUGACAUCCAGACCAUCAGUGACAAAGUGCUGAUGAAGGAAGUAGAGCUGGACAGGUAUGAGUACCUCGCCAAGGCCUCCACUCCAUCCCCAUGUUUCAGAUGGACAUACCUUCUGUCUGUCUCACUGGUUUCUCUGACCCUUCACAAUCUCAUACAGGGUAUUCUAUUUACUAGGGGUUUCUUUCUGCCAGCCCUUGUCCAUCUUUCCUAAUGCUAUUCUAUGUUU